AUGGAGGUCAGCACCGAGAAAAGCAAGGUGAUGAUGAACAGUACGGAUGAGACACAUGCAGUCAUCCUUAUGAACGGGGAACUGCUGGAAGAGUCGUACUAUGAACACGUCACGAACGAGUAUGAACAGGUACGCAGCCUCGUUGGCCCGCAGGAAACACUUCUAGCAACAGUUAAAAGACGUAAACUGCAAUGGUUCGGGCACGUCACCCGACACAACAACCUGGCCAAGACGAUCCUACAAGGAACGGUGGAAGGUGGACGUCGCCGUGGACGGCAGCGAAAAGCUUGGCAGGAUAACAUCGCUGACUGGACGGGCCUCAGCCUAUGGGAGAGGAUAACCCUGGCUAGGGAAAGACGAACCUGGAGGCAACUCUCGAUCUUCAUGUCUACCUUGUCCCCCCAACGACCUGGAGGUCAAGGAACUAGGUCGGCGGAGAGCUGUAUUUCCAUUAUGGCGACACUGGAAACUCUUGACGGGCGGAUGAACGCCACAGAGGCCGCGAUCGCGGAUAUCAACGGCAAGCUAGACGUAUUCGCCGUGAGCUUGAACACACUGCUGGAAAUCCUGUGCGGCUGCCUCAUCAUGACCAUGCAGGGGGGCUUCGCCCUGCUGGAAGUCGGUUCGGUCAAGGUCUCCAACGUCUUCGCCAUCCUGCUCAACAAUGUCAUGGACGUUUGUGUCGGAACUGUAGGCUACUUCUUCUUUGGAUAUGCUGUGGCGUUUGGCCCAACAACCGGCGGAUACAUGGGGACGAACCACUUCGCCCUUACCAAUCUUGAGAGCGAUGAUGCACUGACCUAUGUAUUCUUCCAAUAUUCAUUUGCUGCCACUGCCACGGCUAUCGUGUCUGGGGCCAUGGUUGGUCGCACCUCGUACCAUGGGUACCUGAUCUACUCUUUCGUCAUCACCGGCUUUGUGUACCCAACUGUUGUUCAUUGGGCAUGGAGUGACUAUGGCUGGCUCAACUCUGAUUUGUAUGGUCUUACCUUCCAGGACUUUUCUGGAAGCGGUGUUGUACAUGCCUGCGGAGGGACAGCUGCCCUAAUGGGGGCCAUGGUAUUGGGUCGCAGAAAGUUGGCUAAGGAAGUUGAAGAUCAUGCCAUCCCUGAGUCUGCUCCAGCUCUGGUCACCUUGGGUUUCUUUAUCCUGAUGGUCGGCUUCCUCGCCUUCAAUGGCAGUACUCAGGGUGCAAUAUCAUCACGUGGAGACUCUGGUGCCAUAGCCCGUACUGUUAUGAACACAGGACUGGCCUGUGCAUCUGGUGGUUUAGCCACCAUUCUGUUUGAGCGGCUGGUUCACAAGAAGAUCAAUGACUACUAUGUGCUGUGCAUCGUAGUGAAUGGAUGCCUAGCAGGCACUGUGGCAGUCUGUGCUUCUGCUAACGUUGUGACUAACUACGGUGCUCUACUCAUCGGAGCUUCGGGCGCCGUUAUUCACUGUUUGUGGUCCAUUAGCCUGCACAAGUUUACUCCAAUUGAGGACCCUAUUGAUACCACUGCAGUGCACCUGGCACCUGGAAUGUGGGGUAUAUUCAUUUGUCCUUUUAUGGACAAGGAGAAGGGUAUCUUCUACUGCGGCUAUGAUGGACAGUCUGCUGCCUGGCAUCAACUAGGAGUCAACAUUGGUGGACUUGUUGCUAUCAUGGCAUAUACUGGAUUGAUCACUUUCUCCAUCUUCAAGAUCCUUGACAAGGCUAAACUGCUGCGGUCCACCCAGGAGAAGUUUGAGCACGCGGAAGCCGUGCGAAUUCACGAGGAACUGCUGGCACAACAGAGUCACCAUGGCUUUUUCAAAGCCAUCAUGGUCCAUCAUGAGCCCGAGCCUGCGCCUAAGAAGAGCGCCUCUUCUGAGAUCUCGAAGAUGGAGUUAUUCUUCCAACAUUCUGACAGUGAAAGUGACCAACAAUCUGGUGGCUCGACUGAAGAUGUCCACGAUGGCCAGCAACCAUCAGGUUCUGUUAUCAAGGCCAGUGCAAGUGACCAGCAACCAUCUGUUGGCUCGACUGACUUUAUCUUCCAUUAAUAAUCUGUUAUGAGGAACAGUGUGGUGUAGACAUUCACCAGCACAGCUAAACAAUCAUAGCAGCUCACUUGCCAUGUUUAACUAAGCAUCUCAUUUAUAUACUGCUCUUUCUCAGACUAGGCCUUUUGCUGAACAUGUCCGAGUGUAAACUAAAUGAAAAUGUCCAGUUGGGAACAUUCACUGUUAUAGCAAAGCACAAAUGAACAAGUUACUGUUUUAAUGUCAUUCCGAAAGUACAGCAUAGAUCAGAUAUACUUUCAUUCUUACUUACUUUUCAUUCUCCUCCAUAGGUCACACAUAUGAUAAAUGUGUAUGAUGACAUUGCUUUUCCCAUAAGCAGCUUUAGUCUAAUGUGUUGCAGAUUUGUAAGGAACCAUUUACGAUUCAUCUCCUACCAUACAAUACAAUACAACUCAGUGCUGCUAAAGUUA